UCUCUGGGUUGUAUCUUGUAUUUGAUUUGUUUUUUAGGUUAGUUUGAAUAACGUUCAUAAAUCAUUUAUUUAAAUAUUUUUAAGUACAAAUUUGAACAUUUUUAUAUAUUUAUUAAAAAUCUAAAGUCUUGUCUCUCGUGACUGUCGAUAUUUUAAUACUAGUUUAAUUGAUAAAAUGUCACAACUCGAAAUAAAGAAAAUGAAACAGGGAAUGUCGUAUUCCUGCAAAGAAAAAACAAUCAUUUUAAACGUGUUUAAAUAUUUUCGUAUUAACUUUCCCGAAAAAUGCGUUACGGAUAUCGUUCGGCGAACGUCUAAGGCAACUGGCUGCAGCGAAAAGAGUAUAUUUCAAUUUCGUAAAGAAGAGGCAAGCGUGGAGGGAUUUAAAGAGCCAUCAAAGACGAAAAUAAGAAAGAAUAUUAAUAUUAAUAGUAGAGAUAUUAAAUAUGACAAUAAUGUACGCCAAACGAUUCGCAAUAUAAUUUAUGAUUUAAAAUACCGAAACAUUGUGCCAUCAUUAAAUACUAUCUUAAAGCAUGUAAAUGCGGAUAAUCAUCUGCCCAAUUUUUCUCUAAUGACCUUAAGGCGACUUAUGUUCGACAUGGGUUUCUAUUAUGAAAAGAACGGUAAUAAAUCGAUCUUAGCAGAAAAGACGGUCAAGCAAGAAAAUAAUUUAACAAUGCGAGGCAGUAGUAAAAUACCUGAGGGGGAAAACGUCUUACAAAAAGUUGCACCAAUUCCACAUGUACAGUGCACUGUCCCAACUAAUCAUCUACAGCCUCCCAUUAACCAACAUCUAAAUGAAAGGGUAAUUCCGAUGGCAAUUCAUGUGCACGAGAAUCAUAUAAUUCCGCCUGUACAUGCCCCCGUCCCACACGGUGUACCUGUGAUGCUGAAUCAUAGGAAAGAACUGAUGCCACUACAUCACCAUGGUAUGAUACCAUCAAAUAUGGAUCCACAUCUUAAAAGAGAUAUGCCUCCGUGGAUGAAUUCCCACAAUGUGAUUAAACAACAAUAGCGUUUCAUUGUGAAAGGAAACGGAGCUACUGUUUCAAUUUUAAGACUGCAACGAUUGUGAAUGCCUUGUUUCAAAUUACUCGUUUACUAUUUAGGAAUAUUUAAAUUAUGGACAGAUGAGGAACUUUCAUCGAAUCUACGACAAAUGGAUGCAUAUAUUUAAGUAUUUUAGUACAUUUACUUAUAAGAGACUUUGGCAGUAUUGAUACUUUAUACAUGUACUUAAACAGAAAACUCCUACUUUACAUACAGGGUGUUCUUAUGUAAACUCAUUCCUAAUAACUUCUAAUGAUUAUAGUGUACAUAGUGAUGCGUUUCUCGAAUCACAUGUUGAUGCUUUAUUGUUUUUCUGUUUUUGAUAGCUUAAUUCCUGGAUGAAUUGCUGUUUGCGUUUCAUCACUGAAUUUAAUAUAAUGAAAUUGUCAAUAUCUUUUAUUCGUCACCAAAGAGUCUCGGCAACACCUGACCUUGUAUAGUACAGAAAAGUUAUAAUUUUGCCAUACAAUCCAUAGAUUGUGAAAUUAGUAUGGAUUGGUCAUAUUUUGAUUAGCAAAAUAACUAGCUUGGUUUAUACAGCUUCACACCCACCAGUUUUAGGCUUGCCAUGUCUUCUACAUUAUGAGCCAAUCCAGUUCUUUCACGGUUGGCAGUCCUAUUUGCUGCGUCUGGACCAAGUGAAACUGGUAAUCCUAUCAGACCUUAUUUUGGCCAGUAUUUCAAAAUGGCCUCCAUCGCCAUAGAUUCAUCUUAAAUAUAAAACACUUCUAACAGACCCCCGAGAAACAACCUGUAUAGCUCACUGAAAAUAAGACUGAAUUCUAUAACAAAAAACUGUAUGGUACGUCUAAAGAUGUUGGAUGUGAUGCAGCUAUAACAUGCAGUAUAAGUAGUCAUUUUGACAGUGUCGAGAAACUGUGAAAAUCUCAAUACUUUUAUUACCGUUUCGAUUGAUAACUAUGUCACACUUUUCCAUUUGUACGCCUUUUAAUGUUAUGCAAUAAAUUUAUUAGUAUUUUGAAAUUAGUAGCAUAAGUAAAUUUUUAAGGUUAGUGAAUAACUAGAGUUACUGCCAUGAUACUCAAUUUUAUAUUCCUACAUCGACUUUGUCAAGUGUGAUUUUUAAUUGUUUGCGAACAACUUUUGCAAGAUCCUAUUUUUGUCAGUAUUAAACAGUGUAGUUUUGAUCAUCUAUACUGUGUUCAGU